AUGAACGGUGUUGCAGCGAUCUUUCUGGGCGGCGCAGGCGGGUUCGGAGUGACGGCAGGUGCGCACCGGCUGUGGACGCACCGUGCCUACAAGGCUACGUGGCCUGCCAGGGUCAUCCUCAUGGUCUGCUACUGCAUCGCCGGACAGAACCCGCUGUACGACUGGGUGCGCGACCACCGGGUGCACCACAAGUUCAGCGAGACGGACGCGGACCCGCACAACGCCCGCCGCGGCUUCUUCUUCGCGCACGUGGGCUGGCUCAUGAUGCGCAAGCACCCGGAGGUCGUCCGCCGCGGCAAGCAGAUCGACAUGAGCGACAUCCUCGCCGACCCGGUCGUCCGCUUCCACCAGAAGUACUUUAGGCCACUGAAAUUCGUACUGUGCUUCUACCUACCUGUGAUGAUCCCUGUGUGGCUGUGGGGUGAAGACUGGUAUCUAUCCUUGGUUGUCAAUGCCAUCAUCCGGUAUGCCUGCAGCCUCAACUUCACCUGGCUAGUCAACAGUGCUGCACAUAUCUGGGGCAACAAGCCUUAUGACAGACGUAUCAGCCCAGUGGAGAACCGUUUGGUGGCAUUUCUAGCAAUGGGUGAGGGGUGGCACAACUACCAUCAUGCCUUCCCCUGGGACUACAAGGCAGCUGAGCUGGGUGCAUACGGCUUCAAUGUUACCACCCUGUUUUUGGACCUCUUCGCACGCCUCGGUAUGGUGUACGACAGAAGAGUGCCUUCUGAGGACCUAGUCCGUCGGACAGCACUGAUGAAUGGCGAUGGUUCUCACCCUGUGUACCGCCGAAAUGAUGUCACUGACUUGUCCCUGCAGAAAGCACCUGCCACAGGUGGUUCAUGAGACUGACCAAGCUUGCAGUGUUGUUAUCUGGCUGCGUUCGAUUUUGGCAUGUUUGAGUUGCGUGAUUCAUGCAGAGGUGGAACAUAUGCUAAAAAAAAUGUAUGAAACCUAAGUAGUAGUGAAAUCACAAUUAAUUCCAUUUCUUCAAUUCUGUCUUGCUGUGUACAUGCAAACCCAAGUGCACAAGAUGCAUUGGCUGUAAUGGUGGUUUUAUCAUAGUUUGGAACAGUGAUACUGCCACUACAUUGGGGCCUAAUGGCUAUGUGUUUAAGGGCUACCAUGUGAGCAAAGAACACAACAAGUUAUGUUUGUUAUUAAAGGACUCUGUGAUGAGCAAAAAAUGAAGUGCGAAACAUGUAUACAGUAUAACUUUGAUUUCUGUUUCCACUGAAGUAGAAUCCUUUCCUGUAUGGUGCAUUGUAGUACCCAAUAAGAAGUAUGUUACAUGCGUGUUAUUUAUUUCAAUCCAAUGCAGUUGCUGCAUAAUCUCUGCCUCAUUGACAAAUUUUUUUACCAUAGCAUACCGCUUCCUUUCUUUUAGUUCUAAUGAUAUGACAAAAGGUAUUUAUAACUGUUCACAACUGUUCUUGUACAUCUCCAUAUGUGAUAAUUCAUAAACUUUCUUUUUAUGAGGUGAAUGUAAUUAGAUAACUACUAAUUAUUUUGUUUGGUUUAUCAUAUAGUUGUCUAGUACAAGCCACUCACAUCUUGAUACCCUCCCUGGUAUUUAUUUAUUUCUGAUCACAUAUGUGAAGGAAAAAUCUUUUCAGAAAUGAAACACAGUAAUUUAAAGCAAAACAGAGAUUUUAGUGUGACACUAAAAUCAGUUGAAUGCCAUAAAUGAUUUCUUAACUGAUGAGGUC